CAAAUGGACAUACAAUAGCUGUCAUAUUCUGGAGAUUGUUUUCUGUUAUCACUGCUUUUUUACUGACUUAAACAACAAAAGCUUUCAAAUACAACAAAAAAACAACAACAAAAUCAGAUUCAGUAAAUGACAGGUGCGCAAAACCUUUUUUUCUGCACAGGGAUGAUUCAUUCAAGAGGGGAGAAAAAGGGACAGACAGAUGUUUCUCUCUCUCGCCCUGACUCCCUGUCCCUCUCUCUUUCCCCCUCCCCUUGUGAUAAUGACACAGCUUUGGUUGAAGGACGGAGUAAAGCAGGGAUUUUGCAAAAGAAUUGGCCAAAUUAAACAGAACCAUGGUGUUAUGUCACUCACAUCUGGCCCCUGUGGGCGGAUUGGCCAUUGACGCCAGCCUUGCCGGCUGUCAGCCGGGUCAGCCUGUGUGUGGCAGGAAAGACAUCAUGGCCGGGCGCUCCAUAGACUACCCAUGCCUCCGGCAGGGCCCGGAGGUCCUAACAUUUACAAACAUGCACUGAGGUUGCCAGGAUUCUCUGUGCUCCUGAAGGUAAAAUAUAGAAACCAUCCAGGCUUUCCGUUUGACGUCUAAAUUCCAGCCAAAGACUUCAUGCUUUAUUAAAUUGCUGCUGCUACCACUCAAGCUUCAUCUGUUGAUUAGAGAGCUCUUCUCCUGUUUUGCUGAUCCCAGGCCUUGCAAGGCUGAAUUGCAGCCAUGGAGGUAGCUCUAGUGAACUUCGAGAGCCUGGAGGACCUUGACGCCAGCCUUGAGGAUGAGGACACCUAUUCUGAUAAGACCUUGGCUCUCACAGUGGACAUGCCUCCUGAGCCAAACAGCCCAGACAUUGAUUACCUUCUCCGAGCUCCCCAGCUAUCCUCCAAACCUUCCCAGUACAGCCCGAUGCCAUCCCAUAUGUGGGAAUCCACCUCAUCUUUACCUAUUCCACAAACAUAUACACUGGGUAUACCCCAGUCUCCAGUGUUGCUAUCCCCAAGCCAAAAGGGCCGCAGUAGCUGUGCAAGCAUGAUUUCUAACUGGAAAUUGCUAUUAAGCAGUGAGGGAGUUAAGGAGAGUGAGACCAUCUUCAGCCGGCUCACCAAAGAGUGCUGUGAGGACCUGUUUGUAGAUAAACGAGGGCUGGAUGAUGGAGACCAGAAAGUCAUUAUCAACAUAGCCGGUCUUCGUUUUGAGACACAACUCAAAACACUGGACCAGUUUCCGGAAACACUCUUAGGAGAUCCUUUGAAGAGGAUGGACUACUUUGACCCCAUGCGGAAUGAGUACUUCUUUGAUCGGAAUCGGCCGAGCUUUGACGGGAUCUUGUAUUACUACCAGUCUGGGGGAAAAAUCCGAAGACCAGCUAAUGUGCCGCUUGAUGUGUUUGCUGAUGAAAUUGUGUUCUAUGAGCUUGGCCAAGAAGCCCUUGAGCAGUUCAGAGAAGAUGAAGGAUUUAUAAAAGAUGUUGAUAUCCCUCUUCCAACUAAUGAAAUACAUAGGCAGUUCUGGCUUCUCUUUGAGUACCCAGAGAGCUCCAAUGCCGCUCGUGGUGUAGCUCUGGUGUCCGUCCUGGUCAUUGUGAUAUCCAUUAUUAUAUUUUGCAUGGAAACACUUCCAGAGUUCAGAGAUGAUUCUGAUAGAGUUGUGGCCACCCCUGUAAAACCUGUCAACCAGUCCAGCAGUUUCCCCUCUGCUUCUUUUCCUGGUGUAAAGCUCACAACCUUUUCUGACCCUUUCUUUUUCAUUGAGACUGCCUGUAUUGUCUGGUUUGCCUUUGAGCUGUGUGUUAGAUUUGUGGCCUGUCCCAGUAAAAGUGAGUUUUUCCACAAUAUCAUGAACAUUAUCGACAUCAUAUCCAUCAUCCCUUACUUUGUGACUGUUAUCACAGAAACAUUCACGACGCCACAAGAGAGUUCUGGACAGAACAUGUCUUUGGCUAUUCUGCGUAUAAUCCGAUUGGUCAGAGUGUUUCGUAUUUUCAAACUCUCACGCCAUUCUAAGGGGCUUCAGAUCUUGGGGCAGACUUUAAAAGCCAGUAUGCGUGAGCUUGGUUUGCUCAUCUUCUUCCUAUUCAUUGGAGUGAUCCUCUUCUCUAGUGCUAUUUACUUUGCUGAAGUUGAUGAGCCUAGCACGCAGUUUGUUAGCAUUCCUGACGGCUUCUGGUGGGCUGUGGUCACCAUGACUACUGUAGGCUACGGAGACAUGUGUCCCAUUACUGUGGCGGGUAAGAUUGUUGGCACCUUGUGUGCAAUAGCAGGUGUAUUGACGAUAGCGUUGCCUGUUCCUGUCAUUGUUUCAAACUUCAACUACUUCUACCACAGAGAGACGGAAGCAGAGGACAAGCUUCCCAUGGCAGAAGCUCUUGAGCAAGCAAUGAAGGCUGAAGCAAUCAGCAAACAGGCCAGCAACACUUCACUCAAUCUAGCCAAUGGCAUUUGGCAGAUUAAAGGAAACUAACUGUGGAAGAAAAAAUUGAAGAAAAUGAAAAAAUGAACAUUUAGUCUUUUAGUCACCUCAGAUGAAGAAUUCUUGUGAUUAAAAUUUCAUUAUUCCUGUGGAAAUGUAUGUUUUAUAUUGACAACGGGCUGCACUACUUGUAUGAUAAAUCAGAAAAGAUCAUAUGGUUGAGGACUCUGUACUUCUGUGAACAAUUUUGUAUUCACCUGUUAUCAAUUGUUCAUACCUCAAGCAAAUUCUGACUUGAAGUUACAAUCAAGCAUCAAGAUUAUUUUUUUUGACUGGGAACUGACAAAGGCGUCUCGCAGAAGAUUUUACAAAGAGGCAUCAUGAUUCUUUAAUUGUACUAACAUCUAAGACAACAUAUUCAAAAUUUACCAAGGUGUAUAUGUUUUCCAGCUUGACUGUAUAUUUAUUACACAUAUCAUAUGUCAAAGUAUUUUCUUUGUUCUUUGGCUCUACUGUUAUUCUCUUGAUAUUUAAAUGUUUAUUGUCAGAUUUGGUCAAACGUAAAUGAAACAGUAAAAUUCAGAACAUGUAAAUUAUUGAUACAACAUUAUCUACUUACUCAUUUUUGAACCUAUGAAAAUGGGUCUUCUCUUCUGGUGUUGUCUAACAAAUCUUUAGCUUGACAGAUUUGACAUUUUUGUGACAGACCACAGCUCGUUGAAAGCUGAUUUACCCACUGUGUGGGUGCAGCACAAACAUCUGAAACAUUGGCCAAAGAAACUAACAUUCAAAUGUGACAGAUGUAGAUUUCUAUUUAACUUCCACAAAAAAAAAAUGUUUUGAUGCUUCUGGUCGGAUGUCUGUACAAGGUUUCCCAUUCCUAACAGAAAAAGUCAGGUCUGCAUAAAAACAUUUCUAAAAAUAUUUGAUUUUCUGGUUAUGUCAUGACUUAUAACUAGUGGUAUUGGACUCUUGUUGCUAUUUCAUAAAUAAAUUAUAGCAUUAUUGUAUUUUGUCCUCUUAUUCAUUGCAACAAGUAUUGGGGUGGCCUGUGUUGCAAAUCAAUAAUGAAAACAAUGAUAUUAAUAAAUAAUAAUAGUUAUUUAUUAGUGUAAAUGAGAACACCCAAGGAUACUGCACUGGAUAAAAAUAUACUCUUGGCAAAAGAUAAAAAUAUGUCACAAAAUCAAAACUAAAAAAAAAAAA